UGAUUCUGUGUGAAUUUAUUACAGGUCAUAGUUUCAACUUCCAAGCAGACACAGUGGCAGUAGCAACACACCAGCUUCAACUGCUGACAAAUCUUGGAGACAUGUCAGAGAGAGAACCAAAAAGUUACAGUGACUCUAGUCCGGAACUACAUCAAGCAACGACUUCAUGUAUCACUGAAGAUAAUCAAAAGGACACAAGCACCAGCUUGGAACAUUUAAAAGGUGAGGCACCUGAACCCAAUAAAGAAACUGACUCUGUCACAGAAGGCAGCAAGAAAGCACCCCAGUGCCGUUUCUUUAAGAAAGCUGGCAAGUGUCGCUAUGGAGAUGGAUGCAGGUUUGCUCACGAGAUCGCAUCACCGGCAGCAGCUCAGAAUGAGGAGGCAUCGGCAGGAGGAAAUGUUGAAGGAGAUGAGCAAGAUGGCCAGAACAAGACGUCAUCUCAAGAGAAGUCGUCUUCUGGCAACAGGGAGCAGAAUGUCUGUCGCUUCUUCUCACGCACAGGAUGGUGUCGCAACGGCAACAGAUGCAGAUUCCUUCACGAGAGGGUGAAAACUGAGGCCCAGUCAAAACCUGAUCAAGUCAACGCAUCAGAAGAUGCCAAUGCAGAAAGUCCUAAGGAAGUUCCCCAAGGCGUAACAUCCAAUUCGAAGGCAGAGGAUGACAAAAAGAAGCAAGCAAAGCCUAAGAAGAUUUGUCGGUACUUCAAAGCCGGACACUGUAAUGCGGGAGAUCGAUGCAAGUUCUCUCAUCAGAGGGUUGAGGGUUCGUCAGAACCCAGAACUCGGAGAAAUCCUGUCAAAUCCAAAGAUGAAAGGCACGCAAUGGCGCGUCCCGACCCCAUCCAGGAAAGUAUGAAGAUAGCUGAUCUGGGCGAGGAUGACAUGCAGCGGCUGAGAGAGAUAGAGAUCGCCCAAUUGACGAAGCGAUUCCUUGGUGAUCAGAUGACUCCGGUUGAGACAGAAGGAGCUGAAACUGUCUACAGAGUCACCAUCAACCCUACUGACCCAGAUUGGCCCUACGAUAUCCAGGACUUUGAGUUUGAGGUGAUGUUUCCUGCAAGCUACCCUGCAGAUCCAUUCACAGUCUCAAUGCCAGAGGAUCAAGUGCUUCCUAACUCCAUGCUGACGCACAUGCAAGAGAGCAUUGUGGAAUGGAUCCUUGCCAGGCACGGCACCAAUCAGAUCGCUGGCAAAGUGGAGCUGAUGUUCCGUCCGUUCCUGAGAUGGCUGGAUAGAAGUCUGGAGAAGCUGUUCACCGAGGCAGCUAAGCAGUUCAAGAAAGUUGUUUAUGCCAAGGCAGCAGGCAUAGAGUUUGUUCCCUACGCCAAGCAGCAACCGUCCGAACCUCGAGAUAUCAGACAGUACUAUGACAUCAAUCAUCCUAAUGAAGCAGAGGGGGUGAUGAUCAAAGAAGGAACACCCCUUGACCAAGAACCCAACACGGCAAGUGAUGCACAAUCCGCUGAUACAGUAACCAGAGGCACGCCCUCUAAAGAAACGCCCAGCGCAGCUGUGGACAAAACGGAAGGGGGACCGGAUGCUAAGGCUUCUGAAGGAAAGGAUCCCAACAAAUACGCCGACUUGUUUAACGUCCAGCGCCGCGGCACGGAGAUCAAAUUCAGCAAGAUUGAGCUGUCCGAGAGCAUCUCUACUUUGGUCGCACAAACCGUCGGCGUUGUCAUCCAGUGCUCACGCUGCAAGAACCGCUGCGAUGUCAUCACGCCACCCAAGCGUGUCAACAUGGCCCGCUGCGGCAAGUGCCAGCACCAGCAGCUGAUGACGUACAGGCAGAGUCUCAUCCAUCACUUCACUGCGACCCUGGGAUUCCUGGACCUGGAAGGCUGUACGACCUUUGACCUCAUUCUGGCUGAGUGCGAGUUUACUCUGGGUUGCCUCAACUGCUCUGAGGAAACCAAAGUCACGGGGUUGCAGUUUGGUCAGAGUAGAACCACAUGGUGUGAGAAAUGCCACACCAAGAUGACCUUGCUGUUGGAGACAGCUAAAUUCCAUCAACUGCAAAUACAAGGAAUGGAAACACAUGCCGGGCAGAAGGCCCACGUUAUCCAAGUCAAGCAGCUUCGCAACCAGGCGCACCCAGACAUCCACGAGGGUCACCCGCUGCCAAACAACGGCGCUUGCAAGCACUACAAGAAGAGCUUCCGCUGGUUCCGCUUCCCCUGCUGCGGCAAGUGCUACCCCUGCGACGAGUGCCACGACGAGAGCGAGACGGACCACGAGAUGAAGUAUGCUACACGUAUGAUCUGUGGCUUCUGCUGCAAGGAACAGCAAUACAGCCCUGACAAGCCCUGUAUUUCAUGCCAGUCAAUGACUACCAAGGGACGCACAACUCACUGGGAAGGCGGUUCAGGAUGCCGCAACAAGAUCAAGAUGAGCAGGAACGACAAGCAGAAGUACUCCAACACUAACAAGACCGUCUCAAAGAAACAACAGAAACUAGCAGAAUGACAAGAAAGAUUUUUAACAACCCUUCCUCGGCAUAUGUAAAAAUUCAGUUCUUAAGCGAUUCGUUAUUGCCAACAUUGAAUUUAAUUUACAUGUGUAUUGCAAAAUGGUUUGUGCUUUGAACACAUUUGCUUCCUGAAUGAACUCUAGACUGAAAUAACAAAAUAUUUACCACAAUGGCAUUCUAUAUUUUGCGACAAAUAACUGUGAAUAGUGUGACUGUUAAAUUUGUGAAAGAAAAAUUGUUAUUUCUUGUACAUACAUUGUGUAUUAACAGAUGAAGUUUGGUUUGUCUUGAAAAUAAAGGGGAAAUUGGCAAUGGUUGCCAAGAUAAUUAUUCCACAUUUGACAAAGACAUAUUUUAUGUUGUCAUUUCACAAUUAUUUUUUGUUUAAAUGUUUAAUGAACACAAUUGUGUGGGGUACAAUGGACAAGGAAGAGAUUAAUUGUGUAAGAAGGGGAAACAGUAAGUUUAUUUAAAAGAUUUUAGAAGUGUUGUUUCUUAAACACAAAAUGGAAUCUACAUGAUGGUUUCAAGUGUCUUUUUCUGUUUCAUCCAAACAAUUGCGAAUCUGAUUGAUGUCAGAGAAAACAAAUCUUAAGUUAUUUCUGUGAGAAUUUACCUUCAAAGCGAAAAUUUAAACAAAUAAGUGUAUUUUUGUGAACCAAUAAAAGUUUCAAUAAAUUAGUUUUCACAGAAAAUUUCAAUCUGUCAAAUUUUGUACGGAUAAGAAAGGCGUCAGAAUUAUUUUAGUAAAGUGGGGGACUAGAGUUGUUGGACGUCAACAGAUAGAUUGCAU